AUGUCUCUGUGCCAUGAAAAAGAGUCAGCCAAAUCUAUAUGCCCCCCCUCACGGUGGGAAACUCCUCGACCUUCGUCCGAUUUGUCUUCCAAUUCGAGUGAGAACACCGACUUGCCCGAUGACCCGGCUAGAGCUGAAGGCAUUGCGCUCUACUCUUUUCCGGACUCCUGUCGCACCACGAAGGGAAACGGCUAUGAAUUAAAGCUGUAUGGACCCGUUGGGCUACAGCAGAGAGCUUUGUUCAUUCCCAGGUAUCUCUCUCGAAGGGCGGCUGCCAAAGACCUCGAGCAGCUUCUUCAUGCCCACCUUCUUCAACUCCAGGCUGAGAUCCAGCUUGAAGAAAUUGAAACAUCUAGAGACACGCAGGAACUGCAGGAAGCCAUGUUGAGGGUGUGGAGACAGAAGGCGAACUUGGAAGUGCAACUUCUCAACCGAAUCCUUCAAACUUAG